AUGGAUCAAGUAUUGGUCAGUCAACUCCAGACUUAUGCUUCUAACGCAGGUCGUAAAAGCAAACUAGAGGCCAGGAUCAGAAGUUGCUUUUUUAACACCAAGCGAUCAACCCCUAUGCCUCCUAAGAAAGAAUAUCUAAGGUGCAGAAUCAUCCGUGGCCAUAAGAGAGCAUUAAGGCAAGUCAAAAACAAGAAGAUCCCAACUAGAACGAUAAAUUCCUUUGACUCUAAGAACCCUACCGCAAUGAAAAUUUGAAAAGCGCUUACAGAGUCUUUCCAUAAAUAUGAAGAAGAACUUACCCCAAUUAGUCAAACAGAAAAUGGGCCUAAAACAGAUGGGAAGUCUAAAAGGAAAGAAAAGCCCGAUGAAAUUGCCAAAAGUUUUAAUUCCGAGUUUUGCAAAGAUUACUUCGCUCCUUAUGGAGUUAGAGAAACAUAUUAUUAUUACAUUGAACUGCUGUUUGCCGAUUUAAAUCCAAGGAUUCUCUGCAACAAAUUUGAGUUUAAUUGUUGCAGAGGAAAUCAUAGCAAACAGUGCCUUGAAAAAUGAUUGCUGAUGAAAAAGUACAUCAGCCAGUAUAUGAUUAAAGAUCUUCAAUUAGAACCAUUUCUUCCAGAUUCGCUAGAAUACUACUCCAUGCCAAGCCUUUUUUCAUACAGUCAUUCUUGUACUCAAACUCGUCGUUCUAGCCGUAAAAAUUAUGGACCCUAUUUAAACUCAAAAAUAGACUAUUAUAUUUCAAAGUCAGAACUUGGGGAGUGCUAUAUGAACAAGGUAGAAAAUUUAAUUAUUUAA